AUUUUCGCAGCCCUACAAUUAUUUGGGAAUAUUCCAAAUCUUAGACCAUAUACCAGAAAUUCCUCUAUCUAGACUUUACUAGUCAAUUCUAGAAUCUCAUUCUCCGGACCGCCCCAAAUCAAUAUUCCUCUAUAUAAUACACAGAUAUACAUCAUCCGCAUAAUCUGAUAAACAGAUAAAAUUAUUUUGAUCCUAGCAGUUCGUUAUCGAAAGCUGAGAGAAUACCAAAAAAUCGAUCGGAGAAGAUGUGUUUGGUUUUUGUUUGUGACGAGGAUCAGAGAGUGAUCGGUAGGCAACCGGCGCCGGGGGCGUGUCCUUACUGCGGGGGUAUGGUUCAAGCCAUGGACGUGGAGAGCAAUUGGAGGUUCUGCUUUGUGCCGCUUUAUUUCAAGACCAAGCGUAAAUUCUACUGCUCCGUCUGCUCCAGGCGAUUGGUUGUACAAUGAUAAUACCCAGAAUCGGACAUGGCGUUGUUAAUCAUGUAGGUUUUCUGUUUAAUUUUACUUCUCGUGUAAUGAAUUAUGAGUUUUUGUAUUUUUUUUUAACGAUAUUGUACAGUUAUGUGAUAUUAAAAAUUGGAAAUGUUCGAGGAAAA